AUGCCUCCGCGCUUCUUCUCUUCGCCGUUCAAGAAUGCCCUCGCGACCCCGGCGAAGGCGAGCGCGAAAGAGUCCUGGUGGUCCGAAAUUCCGGUCACGAACGCUUUACCGUCGGAUGGAUGUGACGGAAUCAGGGCGACGGCGGAGUACUGGCUCGCUUUGGGUUCUGCGUCCGGCUCGCUCGUCGUCCUACCGUACGACCAACAUGGCAAGUUUGGCAUGAAGGCGCCGACGUUGCAGACUGGAUUGAGGGCGAUUACGGCUUUCGAGGUUGACGGGUUCGACCGCUUCCUGGCGGUGGGCGGUGACAACAGACAGAUCAACGUCUUCGAGCUGCCGCCUCGCUCCGCCUUUGACCCCUCGAACCCGUCUGCACAAUCGCCUACUCCCCUUCUUUCCGUCGCAGCCUCGCCCGCCUCAAAACCCGUCGACUGCAUCGCGUUCCACCCGCUCGCCGACUCCAUCUUCCUCUCGACUUCGCACACAAACCUCGCCAUUUGGGACGCUUCCUCGCAGUCGACCUCACCCGUCUUUCAGAUCAGCAUGCCUGCACAAGCUUGGAGUGCUCAAUGGGGCCUAGACGGCAAGCAUGUCACGGCCACGGGCAAGGACGGGAAGCUGAGGAUGUGGGACGUCCGUUCGGGCUCUUCCGACCCUGUCGCCGAGGUUGCGAUUCAUGCUGGACCGAAGGCGACGCGCCAUGCCCACAUUCCUGCUCUCUCGCCAACCGCGGCUCCUCAGAUCCUCACGACCGGCUUUUCCCGCACGCGAGACCGCGAGUAUUCGCUCUUCGACAUCCGCUCCCUCGCUUCGGGCGCGACCAAAACGCAGCGAAUCGACACGGGUACCGGUGUCAUCACGCCUCUUGUCGACGAGAGUCGAGGAAUCGCCUAUCUGGCUGGGAAGGGCGACAUGACGCUGCGAUGGGUCGAGGUUGGCGGACCUGGCGGCGUUACGGAGGGCUCUGCCAGCCUUCCCGUCCCGCUUCUCUCCGCCGCGCUCGCCCCACCCAACACGCUCGAGCUGAUGAAGGCCGAGAUCAAUCGCCUCGUCGUCCUCGCUGGCGGAGGGAACGAUGCGGUCGUUCCUGUCUCCAUCACGGUGCCGCGUAGGCAGUAUCUCGACUUCCAUAGCGACUUGUAUCCCCCCGUCAGCGCACGAGUACCCGCACAAGCGGGCCAGGAAUGGCUCUCGCGCAAGGACGAGGACACGCUCUACCUCGAGAAGCGUCACCUGGAUCCUUCGAAGCCAUGGGUGCUUGGCGAGAAGACGCGGACGUCUGCGGCAAGCCCUGCGGUUCCCAUUGCACGGGCAGCGACGGCAGCCCCCGCCGCGACAUCGCACUCAACCCCGCAGCCAGCUGUGCAGGCGAUGGCGCUAGAAAAGCCUGCUACACCUUCAGUUCCAGGUGUCGCAGCAGCUGCCCCGGCGCCCGCUACAACGGUACCUGCGACAUCUGCACCGACGAGUACGGCAACUAUGAGCGCCUCGCCAGCUACGAGCGCCUCCCUACCUACGCCGUCCGCGCCAGACUCGGCAGCAGCAGCACCUGCCGCCGCCUUCUCGAACCUCUCGCUCAACGGCAAGUCUAGCUCGCCACGUCCAACGUUCGGCUCGUCGGCUGCAAAGACGUCCUCUCCUUCUUUCCAUCCUGCGCCCGAGCCAACUGCGCCGAAAAGUGCGACGACACCUUCGGCCACGCCUCCGACUCGUCCGACUGCAACGCUGGGCGACUCGAUGAAGCCCGACGCCUGGUCUCGCAAGUUCCUCGCAGGUAAGACGCCGCUCAAGCCCGACUACUUCGACGUGCACGACCUCUCCUCGACGAUGGGUAACGAUGUCCAGCUGCUCAAGGCCUCUAGUCUGUACUUCUUCUAUCCGCUCGCAGGCACUGGCGGCCGUCUCGCCUUCCACCCUCUCGCUCGCAAAGGUCGUCUGCCGGUCCACCCAUCUUGCGUCUCGAUCGGCGGCACCAUUACCGACUUUGCUGUCGACCCAUUUGAUCCAACCCGUGUCUUCGUCGCCGGCGACGACAGCUCAAUUCGAGUGUUCUCGCUCCCGUCGGGUCCGGCUGAGUGGAAAGAAGGGGAGGUAUUGACUGAAGCUACGAGGACCCUGACCGACGCCCGCAUGGACCGCAUCUCGGAGCUGCAUCAUCAUCCUGCGGCCAAGGAUCUCCUCCUCUCGAUCUCGGACGACAAGGGAAACCCCGCUGCACGUCUUUGGAACGUCGGAUCGGGCGAGAUGCUCCUGCGAGCCGAGCUGCCCAAAGGAGGAGUCUCGUCCACCGCGUGGUCACCCGACGGGUCGCUUCUUGCCCUAGCGACCAAGAACAAGCAGGUGCACGUCCUCGACCCGCGAGCGGCUACGUCGACUCUCGUUUCGACGGCUGGGCACGAUUCGAUCCGACCCGUGCGGGUCGUCUGGGCGUCCGACAAGCACGUACUCUCCACCGGCUUCAAUCGUGCAGCAUCUCGCGAGCUCAUCUUGUACGACUACGACGGGAGCAAGCUCACGCAGGUCGGCAAGGCGUCUCUCGACAUCUCGCCUGCUCCGCUCUUCCCCUACUUCGACAUCGACACCCGGAUCGCCCUCCUCUACUCUCGCGGCGAUCGGUCCUGCCUCGCCUACGAAGUAAACUUGCAGCCUGCCGCUCCUCACGAAGCGUUCGCCAAACUCCCACAUUUCGAGCACGGGACGCUCCAGUCGGGCUUCGCCUUCUUUCCGAAGACCAGCAACGACAUCAAGGCGGUGGAAAUCGUACGAGCGCUCCGUCUCACGCCCAGUACGGCUGAGGCUGUCAGCUUUACCGUUCCCCGAGCGAAGACCGAGUACUUCCAGGACGAUAUCUUUGUGCCAACUCGCGAUGUGACCAAGCCGAGCAUGACGGCGGAGGAGUAUCUGUCCGGCGCGAACAAGCCGCUGGAGAUUGUCGACGUGCGGCCUGAAGGGAUGAAGCUUCUUUCGGAAGCCCCGGCGCCCGUCAAGAACAUCAGCACCAGGUCCAAGAUCAAGUCCGACGGUCUUACGGACUCGCAACGGGAACAGCAGCAUCUCGACCACCUCUUCCAGACCGCACAGGACGAGGCUGCUUCCGACGAAGAGGAGGUUGAGCCAGUUCGCAGCAAGAACGCCAUCGUGCAGGACGACGAUGAGUGGUGA